AAUCUCAUUACCCAGCAUAUUACACACAUCCAAAGUCGGUGAGCCCUAACGGGUAUAUAAAAUCAAACCCCCCGAAAAUUCAUCCAAAAAUUCUACUCCUUAAACAACAAUGGCGACAUCAAAAUCAAUGGAUGAUAAAGCAUUCUCAGAUAGAGUGAAGAAGACUUUUGGAUCUCUAUUUGCAUCCCUAGAACCUUCACCUGCAUCUUCAACAAAGCCACUCUGGUCUCUUACAAAUGCCCAAGUUGAGAAGAAAGAAUGGCGGCGUGAUAAAGACACUUCUGAUAGAGAUUCAAACCCUUGUUCUUCUUCUUUCAAUGAAUUUCUAUCUCAAUCUCGCCACAACUCCCGUAAAACUAUCAAAAAAUGUCGUGAAGGGCUUCACGAUGACCUCCAAGACAUUGAUGAUGAUGAAGAUGAGGGUGGCGAUGAUGAGAAAGAUGAUAUCAUUGAUUGGGAUGUUAAAUCGUCAAUUGGGUUAGAUUCUACACUUGAUAACGAGGAAGAAGAAGAUACUUUUGACAAAGUUGCCAUAGGAAGGGAGAAUGCAGGUGAUCGAUUGUAUAUGAGCAAUGUGACUGCUGGCAAUGAUUCACAUUUCAUCACAGAUGACUUCCCUGGUGCGGUUGGGAGUAGGGGGAAGGAUCCUCGUGCUAAUCGGUGGGCUGCUAUCAUUAGAUUGAAAGAAGAUGAUGCAGAAGCUGCUGCACAGACAGAAAAAAUAAAACCUGGGCAGCCCCCUACAACAUCUAACGGAAACUCUAUGUAUGCACAAGGCCUUGAGAAGCUGAAACCAUUUUCAACAGAAGGCCUUGACAAGUUGAAACCUAUACUGAAAAGGAAGGAGCUUGAAUCGACGUCAAAACCAUCAAAACGUGUGAGGUUUGACCCUGCAUUUGUCGGCAAUGGUGAUGGAACUGGAGAAAUUACUGGUAAGGAUACCUCUACACAAAUUAUUAACCAACCUGUGUCGGAUGAGAAAGUUUCUAAGGUCCCAGAUUAUAUGAGGAAUCCGUCCAGUUACACGCGCUAUAGUCUUGAUUCCUCUAAUGAAAUGAGCAAUAAAUCAAAUACUAAUGCUAAUGUGGACUAUGUGGAGAUGGUGAACGAAAGAAGUGGUGGGCCAGGAUCCAAUUCUGAUGUUCACACUGAUCUCCCAAAAUCAGUAACCUUUGUUCCAAAGAAAAAGUCAGAUUUUUCUAAAGCUGUAGAUAAUGAAGAUAGUCAAUUGAAAGGAAGUGAUGCGAAGCGUACCUCAAUUCAGUCCACCUUUCUUGACGUCGCAAGUAACGAGCAGGAGAGUGAAGUUGGCGACAUGGAAGUUGAUGAACCUGAAACAAAUGCAGAGGUUGACACGGGCAUCAUGUUUAAAAAACAGGGUCGUCAGUAUCGAACCAAGCCCCAGGAAGAUGACGCUACCUAAAUGGUUAUUCCUGUUAUAUGGCCGCUAGCUUUGUCCACUUUUUGGUCAGACGACUUGUGGGUUGUAUGCAGCUUGGUUCCGUUCUGCUAACUAGAAAGCAAAUUGCUCCAGAAACUCCCAAGGUGCAUGUAAUUUGAAACAAUUUAUUUUUCUUCAUUUGUUUGCACAUUUUAAUUCUAUCUCUCAUCAUGAAAUUUAGUUUUCUGCUGUGAUACUUAUGUACCCCUGCUGUAGAAAACUGAUCAAUGUGAAUUCAUAUGCACAUGGUUUUGAGCUAUGAUCAAUGAUGAAAAUGCAUCAAAUCAAUUUAUCGGUAAAA